AUAACAUAAAAGGAUAUUUCAUGAGGGUCUAACUCUUAAACCCUAGCUGCUUGCUUUACUCUCUCGUUUGUUUCAAAACCCCUAGCCGCUUCCUUAAAUCUCUGGUCUCUCUCAUAAUUUUCCUUGUUAUUCUUCCCCUUCAAGUGAAAGCAUUAUAAUGGCAUUCUCUAGCAAACUUGGAAGCCUUUUGAGGCAAAAUGGGCAAACCCCAAUGAUAUCUUCAAUGCUUAACACACUUCGUUGCAUGUCGACAUCGACCAAGAAGCUUUUCAUUGGAGGUCUUUCAUAUGGAACCGAUGACCAAAGUCUCAAGGAAGCAUUUUCUGGAUUCGGUGAUGUUACUGAAGCUCGGGUUAUCACCGAUAGAGACACUGGGAGGUCCAGGGGCUUUGGUUUUGUUAACUUCGCUGACGAUGAAUCUGCCAGCAAUGCCUUGUCAGCCAUGGAUGGACAAGAACUCCAAGGGAGAAAUAUUCGAGUAAGUUAUGCCAAUGAAAGACCUAGCGGCCCUCGUUCAUUUGGCAACAAUGGUGGUUUUGGUGGCAGUAGAGGUUUUGGAGGUGGAUCCAGAGACGAUUCAAGCUUCUAGGCUCCCAUACCAUCAUCUGUCCGCGGACAUGCCUCCAUAGCUAAUAGGCAUUUAGUUUUGAGAAUGUGUUCAUUUGGUUUCAAGGAUUUGCUGAACUUAUGCAACUACUUUAUAAUUUAUUUUAUAAGGUUUAAUUUUGCCCAUUGUUUGUAUGUUUUUACCCAACACAUUAUCUAUGUUUGGCAAAGGUAAGCUUUGCUUUUCGAGUUUCAA